ACUUUAUAUUUGCAUAAUUGACAAAUAUAUAAGCAGUUCAAAGUCAGCCCACGUGUAUCUGCCAACAGACGCCAUUUAACGCAGCCACAGACUGAAAAGGGCUUAACUACUUGCCUCACGGAACCACCUGUUUGCCUGUACAUAAGGGCUUGCAACAAUGCUGCUGUUCGUCGCUGGUCUCAUCACCAUGUCGUGUCUCACCCUGUCCGUGCUCUGCGCUGAUGAUGGUAGAGACGCCCUUCUAUACCAAGUGGACAUCUUCCUGCCCCCUAAGGAGGGGAGGGAUGAGACAGCGGAUAUACUGCACAUUAAGGAGACAGUGAAACAUCUAUCUGACAUCGAUGUUCUUUUUUCAUUUAAGGAACUCGGGAAUCCACGAAUUAUUCUUGUUCUUGACGUUGAGAAAGCAUGCAGUUGGCCCCAGUUGACAGGCUUUCUAUCAAGCAAAGGAUAUGAGUUCAGCGUCACAUCCCUCUACUACGACAGUGACUUCGCCCAGGAGCUCGGUGUCAACAUGACAAAGGAUAUGCUUGCGUCAUCCUUCAGGAAUCGUGACCUUUUGAUGGGAAAAAUGACAUUUCCUAUGAAAGGAUUGUCAACGCUUGAAUACAACAACAUGCUAAAGUGGAUUGUCGAGAGACAAGUAGACAUCAUUAAUGAUGGCGAGCCAUCAGCUUCUUUCAGAAAUCUCGCCGAGUAUCCGAUUCAGAUGAUAUACAUUGAGCCAGCCAGCAACCAUCGUGUGUCUGGAUAUGGCCAAUUUUUCCAUGUACCCAGGCACGUUCAGCUUGUUGUCACACGAAUUGAAAACCUGGAUUCCUACACAGGAGCGUGCCAAGAAGACUAAAAUGAUAUGAACAAGUCACGUCAAACUGAUCAGAUAAUAAUGUAAAAUUAUUAGAUUGAUUUAAAGACACAGGGUUGUCCCUAAAUUAAGAUGCGGAACAAAUGCAAUUUCUUUCACUGAAUAAAAACAUUAAUUCCAUCUGAA